CCCUGGCUCGGAGGUGCUAUAGCCAAAUAACUGUAAAGUAGAAGCUCAGAGCUAUUCAGUUAUUCGUUUUGGGAUUGGGAUUUCACUUAAAUUGAUACAAACAAGCUUUUAAGAUUUAUUAGGCCAUUCUUUUAAUUUAGGUUGCGGAAAUGGGGAUUUCGAAUGCUACUAAAUCGGGCAAAGAUUUGCGUGUCAGUUGUUACAGAGGAGGAGGCGGUUGCUAGUGCCUGCAAACACCUUCUUCUUACUUGUUUUUAAAACUGCUCGAGCAAGUAGGAGACACUAAUUAUCAUGUUGUCUCCUGCUUGUGCACAUAACAAUGGCGGUGCAACAGUUAGGAGGAGGAGGAGGAGGAGCAGCAGCAGCGGGGAACAAGAGCGGAGAAGGGGGGAGUGUUAAGAGAGGCGCUGCCUCUAUUAAGAGGAAGAGGAGAAAUGAGCAGGCCGUUGGUCCUGCUCACACAAACAAGAGCAAUUCCCUGUUUGCAGAGAAAGCAAGGGCCUGCACAGAAUGUGGCAAGGAGUUCUCCUCUUGGAAGGCUCUGUUUGGGCAUAUGAGAUGCCAUCCUGAGAGAGAAUGGAGGGGUAUUCAUCCCCCACAAGCUGUUCGCCAAGAACGACAGAGAAAACUGAUGUCAAUGAUGAAUGAUAGAACUGACUUUGCUGGUUCCUCUCAUGGCCACCACAUCAGAUUUCAUGACACAGAGAAUGUCCAUGGAAUUUGUCAUCAACAACAACAAGAGCACACGGUCCUUAGAAACAAGGUAAAUCUGGCUCGACUAGUAAUGACAGAGGCACAGUCUGAAUCAAGAGGAUCAGAGGAAAAAGUAACCUCCCACAACCUACUUUGUGAUGAUAGUGAUACCGAAAGCAUUGAAGCAGCUUACAUAAACAAAAACAGUAAUAGAGAACAAUUCCAACAUCCACUAAAUAAACAGAUAGUAAAUUUGUUGGACACUAUGGAGGAUAAAGCUAAGCAAGAGCAGGUGAAAGUGGAGGAGGUCAAUGCAGAUUACACUCUAAAUGACAUCAAAGAGCAACAGGAUAUGGCCCAUUGCCUUGUCAUGCUUUCUUCUGCAAGGAGACCCUCAUUGACACUGGAAGAUGAAUCCACUUCCUCUGAUAACAGAGAUAGCAUUGCCAUGGGCAUCUCCAAAUCUGUAGAAUCAGAUAUGGGAAAGUUCCCAUGGGAAGUUCCUGUGUUGAGAAGGGAGUCAUAUAGCAAUCAAUUUCCAGAAACUAUGCUAAUUGAAGCUGCUACACCUAUAAAGCAAGGCACAUUUGAAUGUGGGACUUGCAAUAAGGUGUUCAGGUCUCACCAGGCUUUAGGAGGGCACAGAGCUAGCCAUAAGAAGGUUAAAGGCUGCUUUGCAAGGACCAAUGAUGUACCAACUCAAGAAAGCCUUAAUGAAGAUGUUAUUACUACAGAAUACUCCACCAAAUCAGAUGAGAACAACUACAAUACCAAGAGGGACAUAGUUAACAUGAUCAAAACAACACCAGAGAAGUUAGAGGAAAGCAACAUUGCUUACAAACAGUAUCAGUUUGGUGCUGGCAAACCAGAGAAUCCAAUCAUGGAAGAGGAGUGUCAGUGGACUAAUUUGGUUACCAAGAAAAGCAAAGCAAGUGGGGGUCACCAAUGUUCCAUCUGCUCCAGAGUAUUCUCCACAGGGCAAGCAUUAGGUGGGCACAAAAGAUGCCACUGGGGCACUACAGGGGAUAGCAACACUAUUAAGGGGGUGGAUCAAUCAUUUGCAACAACUCCUAGUCCUACACUCAUUACCAACAUGAACAUAACAGCACCCCACUGGACAACCCCAUCCACCAUCAUUUAUCAGCCUUUAAUGCACUCCAAAAUGAAGGGUGACUUGUUAGACCUGAACUUGCCAGCUCCUAUGGAGGAUGAGGAAAUGCUGGAACAAGCAGCACAUAACAAUCAAAACUAUAAUACCAUAACCCAACCACUUGAGCUUGGUAUGGGUAGCAGCAGUAGUAUUAUUCCAUUUGACAUGAAAGUUGCUGGGGAACUCUUAACCCUGGUCUCUGGCAUAGACAAGACAACAACCAGCAAUGUAGAACAGAAGAAUAAGGAUCAAACUGAAGAAGUUACAGGGGAUCUCAGCAGAACCCAACAUUCCAUUAACAGACACAAUUUUGGUAGGCGUAUUCAGUGCAAAUUCUGUAGCAAAAUCUUGUUGAGUAUGGAGGAUUGGGAUGAUCACAAGAGAACACACAAUCUCUCUCCUGUUCUAUCCCAAUUCUGCAUAAGAGAGCCUACAUUCUGAUAUUCCCUUGUUCUCUUUGUUCAUCCAUACAGCAUGAGAUUCAUGCUCAAUUUAAAACAAGGAGAAAACAAGCAUAUAGAUAUUUAUAUAAAUAUAGUAUUUGUUUUGUAUGUUAUAUAUAUUUUAAAAAUUAUGAAGAACUUUAUAUAGAAUAGUGGGUUAACCACAAAGGGAACCCCAAGUCAAAAGGUACGUUAUAUUUAUGCCUAAUUGGUAUUGUUCACACUUGGACAUGUUUAUUAAUUGUCACCACCAUCGGAGGACUCUAUCUGCA